CUACGCCCUUUUGAAAUUUCCUCCGAAUUGGUUAACUGGUGGAAACAAUUGACCGAGGAAUGGUGGAUAGUCAAGCGGUCAACGUUUUCCUUAAACCUGAGGUGACAAGAGAAGAAAGGAUAGAAGUGGGAAAUAGAGUUGUUGGAACGGUUGGAACAUACUUUAUUUCACGUGCGUUAAGAGACUCCGUUCCUUCACGAGACAGACGGAGAAACUUUUUGGAAGAUUUGUCGGCUUACAUGAACGAAAUAGGCCGAGGCAAUUUUAAAAUUCCAACCCUAGGUGGUUUUACUCUAGACGUUUUUAUACUGUAUCAGGAAGUCGUUCGCCGUGGAGGCGUACAACACGUCAUCGAUAACCGUGAAUUUAAGGAAAUAUCGAAAAUCCUAAGACUGCCUAAAACGUGCACUGCAGCAGCGUUUGUUCUGAGGGAGUCUUAUGAGAAGAUUUUAUAUUUUUACGAACAGAAGCACGUCUUUGGUAGGAGUGCUGAAGAAGUCCCCCCGGUUGUUCAACUUGGUGCGCGUUUAGAGAGGGUCUCUUCUACACCAAGAAGUUUGAAUGCAACAGAUACACCAGCUUAUGAGGGCUCUCGUGAAAAUUCGUUUACGAAUCUCUCUAUGGAGCAGCCGAAAGGGUUUGGUUCUGAACUUGGUGGCGCCCCCUCGGUUUCACCGAAUAGGAGGCAUACUUAUGUUGACUCGAAUAAUCGUAACGCCACGAGUAGUAUGGGUUGGGAUAGGACAACCUCGUAUGAUAGUCUGCAAACGAGUCGAAAUCUCGUUCAAGAGGAAGUAUUUGUAACCUCACGACCGUUGUCGGGUUCAUUUCGAACGGACAUCGGCUCAGAACGGAAUAAGCUUGUACUUGCUCUCCAGUCAGGAAUAGAAGAUGAAAUAAGCUGGGCUUUGGUAACGAUAAAUGUGCUUUCUUUUGAUCCUAAACUUGAUUUUCUUAUACGAGACUACCCGAUGCUCUUAGAAAGUCUUGAGAUUAUUCUGAAAGAGUAUUUGGAAGAUUUAAAUGGAUGUAGAACCUUUGGUUUGCAUCCUGAUGAUGAGGAUGCGAGAAGCAGUGGAGCUAAGAAUAAGAUGCUGUCAGCGGUGGACAUUAAUACGUCAAACGUGAUAGCCCAUAAUAAUGUUUGCAAUCCCAGUCUUCAGAACUAUGGUGACUUGUUUUGUACAAGGGAUCCAAUUUUCCUCAAACGUGAAUGGAAUGCAAAGUGUGUUGCCAAUGCUUUGAGGAACUUGAGCUUUAUAGAACGGAAUCACCCUUCUUUUGCAAAGCAUGUGAGUCUUUUACGUACGUGUAUAAGUAUCAUAGUUUCCAGUGAAGCGGCAUCACAAGUUGUUUAUGACUUGUCGGACACACUUAAGAACAUAGCAGUAGAAGUGAAGUUAAACCAAGAUACUUUGUUUCUCUUAGAUUCAGCUAUCGCAAUUUUAUAUGAAUGGGAAGAUUGUACCGACGAUACACGUAUUCUGAAAGCUACAGAACUGAUUGCCAGACUAUGCUUCAAUCCUGACAAUGAAUUAGAGCUUUUAAAGCGGUUUGAUGAGAUACUUAGUCUUUUGGUUGGUUUUCUUAGUUCAGAAAACAAGGAUAUACGUCUUGUAGCUGUUGGUGCAAUUUGCAAUGCGAGUGCUUUCGAUUGGAAUGCUCGAGUGGCGAUUGCCAAAACCCCAAGCGUUGUAUACUAUCUUACGCAAUGUUUAUCAGAUCCGUAUAUUGCCCCACUUUCAGCAAUAACCAUCGCAAACUUAGCGGAGGCACCGAGCAAUCGUGCGAUUCUUUUAAGAUAUGAAAGCAAAUUUGUUCAUGUUGCAAUGAGCAAUUCUGCUGCUUCCGAACUAGUUGCUUGUGCACUGAAAGAACUGUCAGACGACUAAUUUUGAAAAAGACAGUCACAUUCAUUCAGGAAUCAUUGACUGCAAACAGAACAUUUCAGAGAUGGUCGUCUGUGGAUUGUUUGAACGAGUGAAUAGAGUUGCUUUGAGAAAGCGCAUAUGGUGUCAAUUUGUUCGCGUUUUGUUCACUCUUUGUAGGCUCGUCUAUACCUUUAACAAGUACACACACACACACACAGACAGACAGAGAGAGAGAGAGAGAGAGAGAGAGUUCGUAAUAGUCUAUUCUUUCGUCGACUGGACAACAACUUUCGUGUUGUAGAACCCAAAAUAAAUGCAUAAGCUCCGUUCUUCAAUAUCUUUGAAAAGCACUUGUCCUCGUUAUACUUUUCAAGAUUGUGCAAAUAGCCCUAUAGUCAAACUGAACGGGACACUUGUCUUAUAUUUCCAAGUAUCCAAAACUAGAACAAUGUGACAACGACAUGUCACCAAAGUUAUUGUCUUACCAAUAACUUUGGUGACCCGUCUCGACCUUACAGCUGUUUAGUGUGUAGGAGCAACUGAACAUGAAUUCUUGCUUCCUUUUAUGCUAUCGAUGUAUCAAUCUUGAAGCGUUCAACAGAUUUUUUUGCUGCAA